AUGAGCUGCGGUCUACACAACAGUCUUGCUCGAGCUGCCAUGAUGCAUUUGAGUUGCGAAGAGGCCAUCAAGAAUUGCCAUGGAUCCGUCGGCGAGAUGAUCAAUCGCAACAUCACCGCUUUGGAUUGGCGAGCAGACAAAGCGACAUUCCUUCGUCGAAAUGAGGUCGCCUUCUCUCGACCUCCCACCUUCUCAUUCCUCCCUUUCAAGGAUGAUUCCGAAUCUGAAGUGGUUGCAGUUCCUCCCCUGCGUAAUAGCCUGGCUGCAACAGCUGCCGACCUUCGGGCAAAUCUUGAACAAUUGAAGGCGUCUACUGAAGAGGCAUGGAAUACUUUACAAGAUUUCAUUCGAAUGAUUGAGAAGAAACUGUUAGUUCUAAUCAACCAGAAUGACUAUGACGUCUCUGAGUUAUUUGCAGACUCCGCACUCUCCAAUAAGAGACGCCGACGUCGUUCUGUCAGUCCAGUGAACGGAGACAGCGGAGGUGGAACACGACAACCGAUUCCAGCUAGUCCUGCAAACAGUAUUGCUGGAACAACUGGUCCUCCCGGGUCUGGACCCGUAACAGCCGCAUCGAUCUCCUCUCUAAACAAGGGGAUUGGUGGAACGCCGCUUUCAUCAUCGUUGCCCCCUGAAGAAAUGGGCUCGAAAGCCUCUGUGGGCUCAUCAGCUGCUGAAAUUCAACCUGGCCUCUACUUGGCCAUGAGAAAUACUUAUAGAGAGCAAAGGAUUAGAGAAGAACGCAUAUACAUGGAACGUUUUUCUGCUUAUACUCAGGAGAUGCAUCGGUGUGUAGUAAUGCAGGCUAAAUUGGCCGAAAUAGAACGUGCUCUUGCCAAUCAGCAAGCAGCUGCAGCGUCAGCCUCAAAAGCAGCCCAAAAUCCCAUCCAUCGACCUCAUGGCUUCUCCACGCCCCUGCAACGUCCCCCCUGUCUCGUAGGUGAUGGUGGUGGCGGCAUGAUGAUGUUGACCCCAACAAGUGAGACAGGUUUAGGUUCACCCUAUGGUGCACCCCCACCCCCUCCUGUACCUCCUACCCCCACCACGCCCCCUGCCACUAAUCAACCAGCUGCUCUCGUUAAAGUCGCUCCUCGACGUGUCCUCCAAGUGCCCAAUGUAGGUCGUCCUAAACUUUUUGGGGGCACUAUUGAUGAAUAUGUGACAAAGACAGGUGAACAAAUCCCGCGUGUUGUUCUAUCCUGCAUUCGUGUCAUUAAUCUCUUCGGCAUGCAUCAUCAAGGUGUGUUCCGUGUACCUGGAAGUCAGGCGGAGAUCAAUAUCUUCAAGGAGGCCUUUGAAUACGGGGAAGAUCCUCUUGUGGGCUUGUCUGAUUCUCGUGACAUUAAUUCAACUUCGGGCCUGUUAAAACUGUAUUUCAGGGAGCUUGGAGAACCGCCUUUCCCUAAAGAAGUCUUUAUGGAACUCGUUCAAACAGUGCGAGAAAAGCGCGAUUCUGACGAAUGCAUUGACCGUCUUGCUUCAAUAAUCUCCGCUGGCCUUUCCCACCAUGUGUUUAUUGUUAUGCGUUAUCUUUUUGCAUUCCUGAACCACUUAUCAGAGUAUUCCGACGAGAACAUGAUGGAUCCCUACAACCUGGCCAUCUGUUUUGGCCCAACACUCAUGCCAGCUCCAGCAGAUUUGGAUCAGGUUGAAUUUCAGUCGAAUGUUAAUGAUGUGGUGAAACUCUGCAUCAACCAUCAUCGGCGUAUCUUUGACCCGACUGUACCAGGUGCGUAUUAUGAGAAAUUCGCCGCAUAUGCCUCCGCUGUUCCACCGGUCCUGCCCCGAGCUCUUGCAAGUGAGGCCGCAAAGAAGGUUUGUAACCUUCGACAUCAGGCAUCGGCACCUACUUCGACAGUUUCAAAGGAGCCUGCAAUUCAUGGCGGAAGUGAUAGUCCUACAAAAUCUGGCUCAUUGGCUGCUCCAGGUGCUGUGAGAGGCACUAAUACGCCUGGAGUGAAACAACCCGUAAUGACGGUAGAAGAAUUCGGGCUAGUUGGGUAA